UCAUCACCACCUCCAUCUAACAAUCCUUCAUUAUUAGUCUUCUGUGAAGUCUGGACGAUAAAGAAAAAGAAGAAGAAGGCCAAAGGAAAGUAAGAGAGACAGCCAAACACGCCCCUAUUUAGAACCAAUCCAAGAUGAGAAGCAGCAAUCACUUGAUAGGUCUGCUAAACUUCUUAACUUUCUUACUCUCAAUACCGAUUCUCGGCGGUGGAAUAUGGCUAAGCAGCAGAGCCAACAACACAGAUUGCUUAAAAUUCCUGCAGUGGCCACUGAUCGUGAUUGGGGUGUCGAUUAUGGUGAUUUCUUUAGCUGGUUUCGCCGGCGCGUGUUAUAGAAACACUUUCUUGAUGUGGCUGUACUUGUUUGUUAUGUUCUUUAUCAUCGCUGCGCUUAUAGGGUUUAUCAUCUUUGCUUAUGCGGUGACCGAUAAAGGGUCUGGCCGGCCGGUGAUGAACAGAGCAUAUUUGGACUAUUAUCUGCAGGAUUACUCCGGUUGGCUGGAGGAGAGAGUGGCUAGUGAUAGCUACUGGAGUAAGAUUAGUUCUUGUAUUAGAGAUUCUAAGAUUUGUGCUAAGAUGGGAGUCUCCAUUAAUGGUGUGCCUGAAACUGCUGAUAUGUUUUAUCAACGGAAGCUUAGCCCUAUUCAGUCUGGUUGCUGCAAGCCUCCGACCGACUGUGGAUUCACCUAUGUGAAUGAAACUGUGUGGACAAGCAGCGGAGGCGUUGUUUACAACCCUGACUGCAACAACUGGAGCAAUGAUCAAGAGCAGCUGUGCUAUUCUUGCAACUCCUGCAAGGCUGGAGUGCUAGGCAGCCUGAGAAAGAGUUGGAGGAAGGUGUCAGUAAUUAACAUCAUUGUAUUAAUCAUCCUAGUGAUUGUUUACGUGAUCGGCUGUGCGGCUUUCAGAAACAAUCGCAGGAUAGACAAUGAUGAACCCUAUGGUGAAGCAAGGAUGACAAAGGCACAACCUAGUAGGAUCCAUCUCUAAAUGCAGUGAGAUUCAUGCUUGGAUGCUUAGUGUGUCUGGAAUGUAUUUUAAGGUUUUGGUAUUCCUACUUAGGACUGGUAUAUCUUACAUGAAGUGCACUUAAAUUUUGUACCUUGUUUUUAAAAGGUUUGGAUGUAUAUGUUGCUUCCAGGUAAACUGUUUCUUCUACCAGACUACCUAGAAAUGAAGAAAAAGAAAAGUAUUCUAAACA